UCCCGGAAAAACAGACCAUUGCAAUCUACAGAAAGCAAGAGAUGACAUGACAGACAAAAAUGCUAGAAUGACUUGUCGACAGCAGCUAAGGCUCAAAGAAUUCGGACUUUCGCAUCAGCCUCCAGAGGAUUUUGUUCGACUAGAGUUUUGCCCCCCGGUUCUAUAUUUACCAUGGUCCGGGGUCUGGGCCCUGUACCACUUUAUCUGGGUGUGUUUGGAAGGAUACUGGUGGUCCCUGAAAUCCCAUUACGUCACACUUGACUGGUUCCGACAACUCAGCAAUGUUGGAUACACAGUGUUGACAGCUUUCACUCUGAUUGAUUUCUUCAUAGCUUCAUAUACAUACUGUCUUAAGCAUCGGAUUGCACCAGAAGAUGCUGAGUCAGAUUCCAUGCGGUGGUACCAUAAACUGUCCUGGGUGUUGUACAAUAUAUCUAAUGUUACUGCUGUCAUGGUAACCAUAACAUACUGGGCACUUCUUUCCAAAGCUGGAUCAAUAAAAGGCAGCACUAUCAACAAACAUGGAAUAAAUUUUCUCUAUACAAUCAUAAUUAUCAUCGUGUCUAAAAAACCAAUCAAACUACAGCACGUCUACAUGCCAAUGUUGUUCAGUCUGUGUUACAUGAUAUUCACAGCCAUCUACUUUGCUGCCACAGGGACCAAAGUAUAUCCAAUAUUAGACUGGAAUAAGCCAGGGACGGCCAUUAUGUGGGUUGUUUUAUAUUUAUUUAUCUGCAUACCAAUUGCAUAUGUUUUGUUGUUUGGAUUAUACAGGUUAAAGUUAUAUGUUAAAGGAAGACUUGUAAAUUCACACGACCAAUUGCCUAAGGAGAAUGACGCCACACCUAAUCAAAGUGAUCUUUCCGGAAGGAGUGAGGAAGCCUCAACGGCUCAAUUAUUACCUGUUCCCAAAGGAAGUGUAGAAAACAAUAAUCUCGAAAACGUGCAAUUUUAAUUAAGACUGGUUAAAGUUUCAUUUUACAUGAUUGUACUAUAAAUUUACUUAUUUUCGUGGGUCCAAUUUAGUGCUUUGGGGAAAAAUAUUGAUUUGUGGAGAUUUGAUUUCUUGUAGUUGAAGAUAUGAACACGAUAAUGUAAUAUUUCGCGGAGGUAAUGAAUUGGUUGGUCUCCUCAUACCACGACGAAGCGAAAAUUAACCCCCACGAAAAUUAG